GUUUAUCGGGUGUAUAUGGCGUACGUGACUUGUAGCAUUCUCUCCUCCCACUCGUUCAUUACAGUUAUUAACUCCCCUGACUCGGCUCGCAUUUCAAGGACUACUAGUAUUCUAGCAUUUCCUCCUCAGAACAGCACGGUCGGAUCAGGUAAAGCCAUGAAUCGAGUUUGGCACAGAGUAUGGGUCCUCUCCAGAAAUAUUUCGACACUUUCAAGGAAACCCAAUGUCAUUGUAUCAGGGAAAUCCGUGCUUCCCGUUAUCCCUAAGAGAGGUUAUGGCGCCCCACCUAGGCCUGUGACAGAUCUGCCCCUGAAAGUGUUCGUUCCCGGCGCUGCUUGUUUUAUACUGGCCUGCACGCUGUGCCUGAUUUCCAUGUUCCCAAAGGGUGUGAAAUCGGAACAAGAGCAAAAAUAAACCUGAGCCGGGAUACUUGUCAAUUUACAGUGGAUGUUGUCUAUGGUGAUAGGACUGCCACAGAAACUCAGUUAUACUAUAUUGUACAUAUAUAUAUAAUGUUGUUAUUUUGGUGAAUUGUUGUGGGGUUUAUUUGGAUUAAAAAAUAAAUAAAUAAAAAUCAUAUUCGAUA